UUGUCCUGUCUCUUCUUUUCCUAGUCACGCACACGUCACGUGGUAACAAACUCGCCGGCAGCCUCGUCGUCGUCGUCGCACGGCCUCCGUGGGCGGUCGGUGCAAAGCGCCGCGGGAAAAGCGAAAGCUUCGUCUCUGUCAGCACCUCAGAAUAAAUGCUCCUCCAUCUCCGCUCUCUCUCUCUCUCUCUCUCUCUCUCUCUCUCUCUCUCUCUCUCACUUCCCCUCUGGUUGCUUCUCACUGACACCAACUCACUCACCGGCGGCGAUCCUCCACCCUCUCCGGCGGCCGGUAACGGUAACCUCCCCUCCCUUCCGUUUCGCAGGCAGCGCAGCAGCGGCAUGGACGGCGCCAACCCCAAGCUGCGCGCUGCCGCGGCAACCUGCCCCUGCGUCCCCGACGACGCCAUCGUGGAGAUGUUCCAUCUCCUCCCCGUGAAGUCCCUCCACCGUUUCAAGUGCGUCUCCAAAUCGUGGUGCGGCCUGGUCACGGACCCCCUCCACCGCGAGCGGUUCGCGCAAACCCUGGCGGGGUUCCUGUACGCCGACGUCGACGACGCCGUCGCUGCCGAGAGCCAGAGCUGCAGCAACAGCGGCGUCUGCGAGAGCUGCCGCGAGGGCGACGCCGGCGCCGGCAGGGCCGAGAGCUCUCUCCGUAUGUGCCAGCACGUCAUGCUCUCCAAGCGGGAAAUCACCCGGCGCUUCAUCAACGUCUCGGGGAUGGCCGAGCCGCUCAUCGACGCUGCCUUCUCUUUCCUUCCGCAGGCGCCGGAGCCCCCCGGCGACGAGGAAUUCCGCGACGUGAUCCUGGACUCCCGCGACGGCCUCAUCCUCCUGGGCCGCUUCCUGAUGCACGAGAGCCUGGGCCUCCACCCGCCGGCGUGCUACCUUGUCUGCAACCCCGCCACCGCGCAAUUCGCGGCCGUGCCGGACUCCGGCUGGGCCCCCAACAGCUCCGACCAGAUGGUGCGCACCUACCUGCUCUUCGACGACGACGCCACCCGCCACCAAUUCCACCUGCUCCAGUUCUGGGUGGAUUACAUGGACACCGUGGGAGCGGUGCACACCUACUCGUCCCAAACAGGGGCGUGGACGAACAGGGUGAUCGAAUGGCUCGACGGCGGGUGGAGAGACUGGGGCCGCGGCAUGGCGCUGAUCCAACCGGGCACCGGCAGCGCCGUCGUCAACGGCAUGCUGCACCUCAUCGUCGACACCGACGGCACGUCCGGCCCGAACAAUCUGGUCGUGGUGGAUGAGGCCGGGAGCACUCGCCGGACCAUCACUCUGCCCCGGGAUGGCGAGGAGAAAGAUUGGUACUCCGUGUUCGUCGCUCGAUCACAGGGGCGCCUGCACUACAUCACGUGUGUGCGGCCGCGGCACGGCCGCCUAUCGAAAGACGAUCCAUUGAAGCUGCUGGUCUGGGUUCUCGAGGACUACGAUGCCGGGGAAUGGGUCCUGAAGCACACCGUGAGCUUCCCGGAGCUGUUUGGGAGGAUCGCGUGCCAGUUCCGCGUCGAGUACACCGCCGUCGCCGUCCAUCCGGACGGCAACUGGGUUUUCUUUGCCCGCCAUUGGGACCGGAAGCUGGUGUCGUACGACAUGGAUCGUAGGGAGGUGCAUGUCGUCUGCGAUCUUGGUCCCGGAGGUGAUCAAUGUGGCGAUGAGCUUCCUACUCCGUACGUUCCCCUUUACUCGGACUCAUCGGCCCUCGCAAAUAAGCAAUAAAAAGUGUUGCUUGUGGAGUCCUCGUUGGGACGGUCAGCAAGAAUUUGAGCUUCCAAGUAUUGAGCAGUUAGAAAACCGGGUAAAUCUACUAGAAUUGGUAAUAUGUUUUACUGCUGCUUUAAUGUAGUCCUUUUCCUGUUCAUGACCCUGUAUGUACUAUGAGUCAGCUGAGACCAUGCAGAUGUAAGCUAGCUGUAUAUAUGCUAGUUAUCUCAGUAUAUAUGUUGUUGUUGCCUUAGUUAUGAUAAUUUGUUUCUUUAGGCCUCAAAUGAUGUGUAAUGUGUUGCAUUCAAAUUAAGUGACACUGACACUUAAAUUUUUGUUUCUUCA